AUGCAAUGGCUUAUCUCGCGCUUAGUGGAGGUGGUGAGGGACGGGGAGCGGCGGCGCGCGCCCAGCCUGCGCCUCGCCAACGGCCGGCCCAGCGCCGCGCCAGUGGGCAGCGCGCAGUCGGAGGAGGAGCUCAAGGAUGACUCCAUCAAGAUCAGCAUCGAGAACACCAACACGUGCACCGACUCGCUGGUGACGGCCAUCGACGACGAGACGCUGCUCAUCGCCGACUUCCUGUCCAGCUCGCUGUCCAACAUGAACAAGGACCCGGCGGCGAACGCCGGCCCGGGCGCCGCCGCGGGCAAGGUGCACUUCGGGGGCGCCGGCGACGACGUCAGCCUCUACGGGACGCCCAAGGAGGAGCCCGGCCCCAACCCGCUGGCCGCCAGCGAGAAGCAGAGCUUCCUCAAGAACCAGCUGCAGGCCAUCUUCCAGCCCACCGACAACAAGCUCGCCAUGAAGCUCUUCGGCAGCAAGAAGGCGCUCAUGAAGGAGCGCAUCCGCCAGAAAGCCGCCGGACACUGGGUCAUCCACCCCUGUUCCAGCUUCAGGUAAGCGAGACGGCAAACCGCGGAGCACAAGUACUCCUGUAUAUUAUCAACUCCAGGUAAGACGAAUCUGUUCUGUGCACCUGAGCGACUGAUAGGCUAGUGUGUUGAC